AUGACUCGUGGAAAUCAACGUGAGUUGGCGCGACAGAAAAAUAUCAAGAAGUCGCAAGAUCAGAAGAAAAGCCAAACGUCAUCUGAUAAAGGCGCAAACAGAGGAAUGACUUUGGAAGAGAGAAAACAUAGAGACGCUGAAUUGAUGCGAGAGAAGCAGAAAAAAGCACUUGAAAAACAGCAAGGAGGAGGAAAGUGAUCGGAAGAAGUCGGCGAAUUAAAUUGAACAAGGAGUACGAUGUUCCUCAAAUUAGGAUUCGACCGCGCGGGAUUUGUGAUAUCUUAUCAUUUUCCACCACGAUUUGACGAUGUCCUUUUCAGCGCGCAAUAAUUUAACCAUCUUAUUUAUAUUUAAACUCUUAACAGAGUUUGUCUCCAACCACCUGCGCUGGAUUUCUCUUUCUUCUUGAGAAAUACAUCAGAGACUUGCUGAGUGGGUUCA